AUGACGCCGCCAAAACCAUUGGAAACCAAGCAACCUCUUCACGAUCUGCCGACACCAGGCCCAGAGUCUCCGUUUCGAGAAAGACGCCCGUAUAGAUUUUCGACGCUAUGUGCAACUGUCGACAACCCGGAUAUGAAGGAUCAGUAUGGGAGUAGCUCAGUGCCCAUCUAUCAAACCGCGACGUUCAAGGGUGUGGGGAACGAAUACGAUUAUACCCGCAGCGGAAACCCUACUCGAAGCCAUCUUCAACAUCACAUUGCCAAAAUCUCUUCCGCAGCCCAUGCGUUCACAGUAUCUUCGGGAAUGGCUGCUCUCGACGUUAUCCUGCGUCUUCUGAAGCCAGGCGACGAGGUCAUUGCAGGAGAUGAUCUCUACGGAGGUACAAACCGUCUGCUCACAUACAUCCGCUCCCACCUCGGUGUCACCGUACAUCACGUCGACACCACCGAUCCCACCAGCCUCCACAAGUACAUUCACCCUACCAAGACAGGCAUGGUCCUCCUCGAAUCACCCACAAACCCCCUCCUCAAAAUAGCAGACCUUGCCACAAUUAGCAAAGACGUCAAAGAGCGCGCACCAAACGCCAUCAUCGUCGUCGAUAACACCAUGAUGACUUCUUACCUCCAGCGACCCCUCGAGCACGGUGCUGACAUCGUGUAUGAUAGCGCUACGAAAUAUCUGAGCGGUCAUCAUGACCUCAUGGCCGGUGUCGUUACCUGUAACCGGGACGAUAUCGCCCAGAGGUUGGCAUUUACCAUUAACGCAGUUGGUAAUGCAUUGACACCCAUCGACUCCUUCAUGCUACUCCGGGGUAUCAAGACACUUGCCAUUCGAAUGGACCGACAACAAACUACCGCACAACUCGUAGCCGAGUAUCUAUACAACCUGGGUUUCACAGUCCACUACCCCGGGUUGCCUUCUCACCCCGGAAGGGAUGUCCAUCUUCGUAUCGCCGAUGGAAAUGGCGCGGUUUUGAGUUUCGAGACAGGGAAUAAAGAACUUAGCGAGAGGAUUGUUGCCGCUACUCGUCUUUGGGGUAUCAGUGUCAGCUUUGGCUGCGUAAACAGCUUGAUCAGUAUGCCCUGUGUGAUGUCGCACGCUUCCAUUGAUGCAGCAACUCGUGCAGCCCGCGGCCUACCUGAAGAUCUCAUCCGCCUCUGCGUAGGAAUAGAGGAUCCUCAUGAUCUCCUGGAUGACCUCGAACACGCCCUCCUAGAGGCAGGCGCCAUCGAACUCAAUGCUGCCCAAAACAAGUUUGUCAGGGCACCCGAUCCUGAUGCCCUCUCCCAGGCCGUCCACGAUUUGGAUCUCGAUGAUGGAAGGAACCAGUUGGAAUGGUUCGUCAGUGCUCCUGGAAAGGUCAUCCUUUUCGGAGAGCAUGCGGUUGUCCACGGUGUUACCGCAAUUGCAGCCUCCGUUGAUCUUCGAUGCUACGGACUCACCACGCCGCGAACGGAUAACAAACUCUCCGCCCACUUUAAGGAUCUAGGAAACUUCUAUCACGAAUGGGACAUCGACAGUCUCCCCUGGGACGCGCUAACGCCAAUCCCACCUGGCGAAGAACAUCCAGAAGAACUCGAUCAACGACUCAUCGAGGCACUCUCGCAAUCAGUCCUCGCUGAGCUAGGAGAUGAGAACAAACAAGCCCGCGCAGCUACCCUUGCCUUCUUGUACCUGUAUAUGACCUUGGCCAGGGGUCAACACCGACCGAGCUUCAAUUUCACAGCCCGCGCCACUCUUCCUGUGGGAGCUGGCCUGGGCUCUUCAGCGUCGUUCUCAGCCUGUGCGGCGACGGCGCUGCUCCUCCUCCACCGACGAAUCAGUGUCCCUGCCAAACCUGCCCCAAGCACAGAAACGCACAUUCACGUGUCCCACGAAGGACGUCGUGCGCUUCCUGCCUCUGUGGCAGAAGACGUCAAUCGGUGGGCGUUUGUCGCUGAGAAGAUACUGCACGGUAAUCCCAGCGGCGUUGACAACAGCGUUGCAGUCUUUGGAGGUGCUCUGGCGUAUACCCGCCCCGGAUUUGGCAAGAAGGGGGGUAUGGAACAGAUCCAGGGAUUCAAGUCGCUCAAGUUCUUGUUGACUAAUUCACAAGUCCCUCGAGAUACCAAGAAGUUAGUGGCUGGUGUUGGCGAAAAGAAGGAAAAUGAACCCGAGUUGGUGAACGGUAUCCUCGCGGCUAUCCAGAGUAUCAGUGACGAGGCGAGGAGGGCGUUGGCGGAUCCCGAACUAUCGCGCGAUGCCCUGCUCUCUGCUUUACAGGAGUUGAUCAAGGAGAACCAUGAUCAUCUAGUCACGUUGGGCGUCUCACAUCCCUCCCUCGAGAAGAUUCGAGAGAAAACCAGCGAACCCUAUGGUUUGAAGACCAAGCUGACUGGUGCAGGCGGCGGUGGUUGCGCAGUUACAUUGAUCCCUGAUGACUUCAAGGAGGAAGUCCUGAACGGAUUGAUUGAUGAAUUGAUCCGCGAAGGCUUCCAUCCAUAUCUCACAUCUGUGGGUGGAAGUGGGCUAGGGAUCUUGUCGCCGUACCCAGAACAUCGAACCCGUGGAUCUGAUCCUCAGCCUCCGAGGGAGGACGUUGGAGGAGGGCAAGUCACCCCACCGGAUACACCGAGAGCAGAGAUUGUGGAGAGGCACACGAAGCACGGUGUCACUUUCGAUCCUUUACGUCCCACCUUUGAGACGGCUGCAACAACCGAUAUCUCUGAUUGGGCUUCCAGCCUUGGUCGUUGGCUGUACGUUUAG